AUGAACUGCUUUAACGUUAUAGUACCUGAUGGUCCUAUGGUCACGGUACAUAAGGGAUGGCGGGUUCCGAGCAGUCGCCAUGGAGCUGCGUCUCCUUUUCUGCCCAUCCCCAUGUGUUCGGGUCAUUCGAACAAAAUAGAUAAAAUGAAAUCUUCAGGGAUUGGACGACAGUUUGAAUUUGUUAAUGCGGUCAAACCGGGACGGAAUAAGGAUCCCGAAGUACGGAAACUUGUACGAACACAUGUGAGAAAUGAACAUGUACGAAAUACACUGCAUCCUAGUCAAGCGCCCCAAAGGAAACUGGUGCCCCAUGUGGCCGAUCCAUUAAACCCUGGAAGUGCGAACCUUCAAAGUUCUGCGUCACUUCUAACUAACCCGGCUUUAUCAGUUCCCAGGGCUGGUGGUCAGGACACUAGCCCUAGAGUUCCACGAAAUAUUGGCUACCCCACAGCUCUUCUUAACUUUGAGUUCCCUAUCGAGAUGAACUCUAGCGUGCAUAUGCUGCUGGAUCAAUAUCUUAUACACGCACCAAGGAGGUUAUAUCCAUUAGAGUCUUGCCUCAGAUCAAAUCCUCUCAGGUCGCCAGAAUGGUUUCAGUACGCGAUAAGAGAUGCUGCAAUGCUCCAUGGCAUGCUAUAUGCAGGUUCUCUCUACCUAGCUCUAUUGGAAGGGAAGACGGGAACGAAGGACUCCAUGCACCAUCUCGGCCACGUUGUCUCCAUAGUUAAAAAACGACUGAAUGAAUCAGAUGGAGGAAUCGAAGACUCAACAAUUGGUGCUAUAUCUUGCUUGGCUUUGGGAGAGGCCAUCACAGGGAAUAAAGAUUUAUGGCAUACUCACAUGCUUGGGCUUAAGCAGAUGAUAAACUCAAGACGCAGUAUCAAUCCGCUACCAGCCCUUCUCCAGGCAAAGCUACGCCGGUCUGACAUAACUGGGGCCAUUGAUUACGCAGCAACCCCGCUACUGGAUUUCGAUCGAUCGAAUAGACCACCCAUCUGGGCUCUUCUCUCUGCGCAGACGAUAGGAAACACUGAUCGAGCGAUGAAAAACGUCCUCACCAAAUGUGGAGUUCAUCCAAAUCUCAUUACCAUCAUGACAGAAUUAGCGUGCUUCUCACAAGCCAUUCACUUCGCAACAGAAGUGUCGGUCUACUUCGACCCAGCUACUUUCUCCGAGGACUUGUAUUGGCUCGAAUACAACUUUCUGGCUUUCGCGGCAAAACUUCCAGAAGGGUCAACAGAGACUGAAACUGACAAAUCCUGUCGACUCGGCGCGCUGCUUAACUUGAAAGCUAUAUUGCAAGAAUUCCCGCACUCCGUAAACGGUUCUUCACUUCUGCUGGCCCAGUUGCGAAAAUCAUUGACUGGAAUCUCGAUGCAAGCAUCUAACAGCCCGCUUCUUCUCUGGCUAUGCCUUGUUGGAGGUUCGCUGUCGGAAACGGAAGAACGAGCUUGGUUCGUGAACUGUCUGGCUCAGAUCAGAACGGUGUCCCUGGUGUCUUCGUUUGAUGAUUUUGAGCUUGAUUUGAGCCGAAUGCUGGGCCUAAAGAAGGUAUUCGGGAAGGCAUUUGAAACACUCUGGAAUGAGACACUGGUUACGAGUGGAACUUUCUUCUCUUGA